AUGGCCAGUACUCUUUCGACGAAUGCGCUUCUUGAGCGAAAAGGAAAGCGGAUGGCCUUGGUGGUUACGAAGGGUUUCAGAGAUAUUCUUAUAAUUGGUGACCAGUCCAGGAAAGAGCUGUUCAAAUUGGAAUUGAAACACGAUGAAAACUUGUUUGAAGAGGUUGUGGAGGCUGACGAAAGGGUGGUUUUGCAUCGUGAUGACUACCAGGACGACUGUCAGUGGCCGAUGGUCGAUUCGGUGUCGCUCGAAAAAAUGGAAAUUUGGCAGCCUUUGGACACCACAGCUUUGAAAACAGACCUACAAAAGUUGUAUAACAAAGGGAUCCGUUCGUUAGCGGUGCUGUUGCUGUUUUCGUAUAUAUAUCCUGUGCAUGAAAUGCAGGUGGAGAAAGUCGCGCGGGAGGUCGGUUUCGAGCAUAUCUCAUUGUCUUCGCAAGUGUUGCCUAUGAUUAAAGCUGUAUCCAGAGGUUUUACCGGCGGCUUCUUAUCUCUUACGGAUGCCAACCUAGUUCUUGGUCGAUUGUUGCCAGAGUAUUUCCCAAAGGUCUUCGGCGAGGACAGAAACCAACCACUGGAUUACGAGGCAUGCAAAGGCGGCUUUAUUGCGCUGCAGCGUGAAAUCAACGCGUAUAUGGUGAAGGAAGGAUAUCCGGAGAAAACGCUUGAAGAAAUCGCUUUGGGUUUCAUCAAUGUUGCUAACGAAACCAUGUGCCGACCGAUUCGUUCUUUGACACAGGUCGCGAGGACAGGGGUAUCUGACACUGGUUCCAAUAUUCUUGAUCCUGUGCCAGCGUUUGAGCGUCACCAGAAAAUAACCUCUCCCUGA